UGCCUGUGGACUACAUGUCUUUGAUUCUGCCGUCUGGCUCUUAAAAGCUUGAGUCUGCUGUCUUGAUAGCAGACUUUGUUUGUGGAUUUGUUAUAUUUGAAACUCCUGGAGGUUGGCAAGAAUUUGCGUUCCAAAGCUUUGAUAUAAAUCAAGAUAGAGGCAUUGUAUCCGAUUUCACAAAUACUGCCUUUCGACUUGUAUCAACGUUAAAAUGCAAGUGCCUAUUACUAUUACAGGCCUCUUAUGGCUUGCUACGUCUUUUGCCGUCUAUAUUCUGAUCUCCACCUUCCUCACCUCCCGCCGCAAUGCAACCAAAGCACGACAACUCAACUGUGAAGAGCCUCCAUUUGAGAAGAAUAAGUGUCCAAUUGGCAUUGACAAUUUAUUACGCGCACUUGCUGCGGAUAGAGCACAGCAAUUUCCUGUAGAUUUGAUUGAGCGUUUCGAGGCUCUAGGCACAUAUACCUACCGGUAUCAGAUUCUUGGAGCUCGGAAUGUUCGUACUGCAGACCCCAAAAAUAUCCAAGCUAUCCUUGCAAAUCAAUUUUCUGACUUUGAUGUGGGACCAAGAAGGCGUGGAAACUUCCUCCCACUGGUGGGUGAUGGUAUUUUCACGGCGGACGGAAAACACUGGAAGCACUCUCGGGCCAUGAUGCGUCCACAAUUUACAAGAGACCAGAUCAGCGAUCUAAACCUGGAAGAAACCCAUGUUCAAAACAUGAUGAGAUUAUUAGAACCCUUGAUAGAAGCCGAUGGCUGGACUAAGGAGGUUGAUCUUCUGCCCUAUUUCUUCCGGCUUACAAUAGAUUCAGCCACCGAAUUUCUCUUUGGUGAAUCUGUCAACAGUCAGCUCAGACUCCUACCAGGUUACCAAAGUACUAAGAUGGGCAGCUCGGAGGCGAAGUUCGCAAAAGCUUUAGAUGACGGUCAGAGGGCUCUCGCAACACGGGCACGCUUUAUGGAUCGCUGGUGGCUUUAUGACUCGAUGGAAUUCCGCGGUGCCUGCAAGAUUGUUCAUGAGUUUGUCGAUCACUUCGUGAGGCUUGCCCUGUCAAAGGAUCUGCGCAAGAAGGACUUGGAGAAGGGCAGCGGCGGAAAGGAGCAAUACAUCUUCCUCGAGGCCCUAGCUGCUGAAACCCAAGAUCCGACCGAGCUACGCUCUGAACUACUACAUGUCUUACUCGCUGGUCGCGAUACUACUGCCUCACAUCUGGGCUGGGUCUUCCACAGCCUCGCCCACAACCCAGAGUGCUAUAAAAAGCUACGGGACUCCAUCGUCGCCGAUUUCGGCACCUGCGACCGACCUAAGGAGAUCACGUUCUCAAAACUCAAGGACUGCAAAUAUCUCCGUUAUGUUAACGACGAAUCAUUGCGCCUCUACCCCGUCGUGCCCAUAAACGGUCGGUGCGCCAAUAAGGACACCACGCUCCCCCGCGGCGGAGGUAAAGAUGGAAACUCGCCCGUCUUCGUCCCGAAAGGUUCGAUGGUCGAUUAUUCUGUUCAUGUUAUGCACCGCCGGAAGGAUAUCUGGGGACCUGACGCGGAUGAAUUCAAACCGGAACGUUGGGAGGGGAGGAAGGUUGGGUGGGAAUAUUUGCCUUUCAAUGGCGGGCCACGAAUUUGCAUCGGCCAGCAAUUUGCACUGACUGAAGCAAGUUAUGUGACAGUGCGGCUGUUGCAACGGUUUGAUACGAUGGAGAGUGUGGAUAAGGAUGAAGUUGUGCGACAUAAUUUGACGUUGAUUAAUCGUAUUGCAAAUGGAGUCAAGGUCAGGUUACAUGCCAUGUAACCAAGUUUAGUGAGAUUGAGUCUUGUUACCGUUGGUUAGGGUCACCGUUGCUCUUGUCUGGGUUGAUCUCGAGGAUAAGAUCAAACUCCAGACUGGGCGUGGGUGACCUUAUUGACUAAAACCAUCUAUGCACCAUUCUGGAAUAAAUGUGCAUAUUUCGAGCAAAUUACGAGCGUUGUCAGUCAUAAUUUAGCUGAUUAGUUGUUAAUAUAUUUCUCGAAUAAGUAACCUGAAUGGUGAUCACAGCCUGGUGGAGUUAUAGUAUUCGACGUAGAGGGGAUUGCUCGUGGGGCCUACCUGGUAUUUGCUCACUUUGCUACUUUGGGGAAUAGCCUAUUUCGGAAUUUUGCUGGUGCAAAGCUCGUAAGCCU